CUGGGCACAUCCCACGUACUCAUUUGGACUCACUGGGAGAAGGGAUUAACUAGAAUUCUCAUUGGAAGAAUUGACAGGAAAGCUCCCUCCAAUUUCUCAAUUUCCACCCUGCCUGGUACCUGGUUUUAUGAUUCCACACCCUCCUGAUCCAUCCUGCCCUCCUAAUACAUCCCACUCUCUUAAGCCAUCCUACUCUUGUGCUCACAAAUCCCUCCCCCUUCUUCAAUCUGCCAAGCCCCUUCCUCCUCUCCAGAAGCAUGUGGAUUUUUCAGUUUUCUGCCCUAACUGUUAUCCCACUGUGGCUCAUACCUGCCCUCCCCACUACCCUACCCUAAUACUCUACCUGCCCUGCUCUUCUGCUAUUCGUUACAAACCAUCCAUUUGUCAUUGCUCUGGUCCCAGAUCUCUUUCUGGAAACUCCCCUAUCCAUCACCCUAGCCCUCCUCCUAGCCCUACUGGUCAACUUUGGGGUCCCAGAACUCUUCCUUGUGAUUCCCCAAUCUGUUCCCCUAUUCCUCCUCCUAGCCCUCCUUGCCAACACUCUGGUCCCAGAACUCUUUUCUGUGACUCCCCUAUCUGUCCCCCUACUCCUCCUCCUAGCCCUGCUUGCAAACACUGUCGUCCCAGAGCUGUUUCCUGGGAUGCCUCUACCUAUGACUCUACUCCUCCUCCUUAGCCCUACUUCUUUCUAGUCCCCAGCCCCAGCCCCGCCAUCUCCACCAGACCUGACAGUUCACAAAUCUCAUCUUGGAGAUGGUUUCCCUGCUCCUGGGGCAGUUCUGGUACAGUUCAGGAUGGCCAGGACUGUGGGUUCUCAGCAGCCUGGCCUGGUGGACAAAGGAAAUGCAAGACGGUGGCAAACCAGCAUUCAGCCUCAUCUGCUCCUUUCCUCCCCUGCCUGAUCAGCCAGCCUGCAUGAGCCUCUGUAUUUGUUUCUGGCUUCUCCAUGGAACUCAGCCUACAGCCACAAAGCAAACCACGGGGCCAGUGACAGAGAAGGCAGAGGGGAGUGAGGAGUGGGAAACACCUAACCUGUUCUCAAGGAAGGGAAUGACUGGCCAAGAUGAGAUUCAAUCGUAUGUCCACUACCUCCUGGCCUGCCACCUGGCUGUGAGUCCUUUGUAGGUGGUGUCCAGAGGCGGUUCCAGUGACCAGGCAGGUGCUGAGAAGCACAGGCAGGAGACAGCGUGUGAUGCCACUGCCUAGAGUCGGCAGAAGACCCAGGAGCAGGCAGGCAGCACAAGGGCACCCAGAGUGCUCCUGAUCAGACAGAGCAGCAUGGAGGCUGCAGUGGGACACCCGAGGGAAAAGUUGACUCCAGAUGAGGUUCAGCAGAACCAGAUACUGUGGGAACUCCCUAACCAGACCAAGCAGCAUGGAGGCCACGGUGAGACUCCUGAGGGAGAAGGCAAACCCAGAUAAGGCUCAUCAGGACCAGAUCUUGUGGGAACUGGAGAGAACAAUCCCAGAUGACGUCCAUUGGGACCAGAUCUUGUGGGAAACACAGAGAACAAUCCCAGAUGACGUCCAUCGGAACCAGAUCUUGUGGGAACUGGAGAGAACAAUCCCAGAUGAUGUCCAUCAAGACCAGAUCUUGUGGGAACCGCACUUCAAAGUGCUGCCAACCCACAAACACUGCAUGCAGCAUCACAUGGAUGGCCUCUGCAAGGGGGAGGGGAUGCUUGCAGGAUGGAGGAAAUACCAGAGUGGCAUGUGGGGCUCAUUAAAGGAGAAGUUACCUUCUCACACCCUACCUCCUUCUAUAGACUUUAGGAGCGAUGUCUUUGGAAGGGGCUCGCCUACAUCACAUCAGAUGUAUUAAAUAUAUUAAAACACA